UGAAGUUGCAAGAAAAUUGAGAUGCUCGCGCCUCCCGCACCGCCACCACCCCCCAUCCAAGGAUAUGCCUUCAAGCCUCCGCCUAGACCCGACUUCGGGACCUCCGGGAGAACAAUCAAGUUACAGGCCAACUUCUUUGAAAUGGACAUUCCAAAAAUCGACAUCUAUCACUAUGAAUUGGAUAUCAAGCCAGAGAAAUGCCCAAGGAGAGUUAACAGGGAAAUAGUGGAGCACAUGGUCCAGCACUUUAAAACACAGAUCUUUGGGGACCGGAAGCCAGUGUUUGAUGGAAGAAAGAAUCUCUACACGGCGAUGCCCCUUCCGAUCGGGAGGGAGAAGGUGGAGCUGGAGGUCACGCUGCCGGGUGAGGGGAAAGACCGCAUCUUCAAGGUGUCCAUCAAGUGGGUGUCCUGCGUGAGCCUGCAGGCGUUACACGAUGCACUUUCGGGGCGGCUGCCCAGCGUCCCCUUUGAGACGAUCCAGGCCCUGGACGUGGUCAUGAGGCAUCUGCCGUCCAUGAGGUACACCCCCGUGGGCCGCUCCUUCUUCACCGCGUCCGAGGGCUGCUCCAACCCCCUGGGUGGGGGCCGAGAAGUGUGGUUUGGCUUCCAUCAGUCCGUCCGGCCUUCUCUUUGGAAAAUGAUGCUAAAUAUCGACGUCUCAGCAACCGCGUUUUAUAAGGCACAGCCAGUAAUCGAGUUUGUGUGUGAAGUUUUGGAUUUUAAAAGUAUUGAAGAACAACAAAAACCUCUGACAGAUUCCCAAAGGGUCAAGUUUACCAAAGAAAUCAAAGGUCUGAAGGUGGAGAUCACGCACUGCGGGCAGAUGAAGAGGAAGUACCGCGUCUGCAACGUGACCCGGAGGCCCGCCAGCCACCAAACGUUCCCACUGCAGCAGGAGAGCGGGCAGACGGUGGAGUGCACGGUGGCCCAGUACUUCAAGGACAGGCACAAGCUGGCCCUGCGCUAUCCCCACCUGCCAUGUCUGCAGGUCGGACAGGAGCAGAAGCACACCUACCUGCCCCUGGAGGUCUGUAACAUCGUGGCGGGACAGAGAUGUAUAAAAAAGCUGACCGACAAUCAGACCUCAACCAUGAUCCGAGCGACGGCCAGGUCGGCGCCCGAUCGGCAGGAAGAGAUUAGCAAGCUGAUGAGAAGUGCAAGUUUCAACACGGAUCCGUACGUCCGGGAAUUUGGAAUCAUGGUCAAAGACGAGAUGACAGACGUGACGGGGCGGGUCCUGCAGCCUCCCUCCAUCCUCUACGGGGGCCGGAAUAAAGCGAUCGCCACCCCCGUCCAGGGCGUCUGGGACAUGAGGAACAAGCAGUUUCACACGGGCAUUGAGAUCAAGGUGUGGGCCAUUGCCUGCUUCGCCCCCCAGCGCCAGUGCACGGAGGUCCACCUCAAGUCCUUCACAGAGCAGCUCAGAAAGAUCUCGCGAGACGCCGGGAUGCCCAUCCAGGGCCAGCCGUGCUUCUGCAAAUACGCACAGGGCGCGGACAGCGUGGAGCCCAUGUUCAGGCACCUGAAGAACACGUACGCCGGCCUCCAGCUGGUGGUGGUCAUCCUGCCGGGCAAGACCCCUGUUUACGCCGAGGUCAAGCGCGUGGGGGACACGGUGCUGGGGAUGGCCACGCAGUGUGUGCAGAUGAAGAACGUGCAGCGGACCACGCCGCAGACGCUGUCCAACCUCUGCUUGAAGAUCAACGUCAAGCUGGGGGGCGUGAACAACAUCCUGCUGCCCCAGGGGAGGCCUCCCGUGUUCCAGCAGCCCGUCAUCUUCCUGGGGGCCGACGUCACUCACCCACCCGCCGGGGACGGGAAGAAGCCCUCCAUCGCUGCCGUCGUGGGCAGCAUGGACGCCCACCCCAACCGCUACUGCGCCACCGUGCGGGUCCAGCAGCACCGCCAGGAGAUCAUCCAGGACCUGGCCGCCAUGGUGCGCGAGCUCCUCAUCCAGUUCUACAAGUCCACGCGCUUCAAGCCCACCCGCAUCAUCUUCUACCGCGACGGGGUCUCCGAGGGGCAGUUCCAGCAGGUUCUCCACCACGAGUUACUGGCCAUCCGGGAGGCGUGCAUCAAGCUAGAGAAGGAUUACCAGCCGGGCAUCACCUUCAUCGUGGUCCAGAAGAGGCAUCACACGCGGCUGUUCUGCACGGACAAGAAUGAGCGGGUUGGGAAAAGUGGAAACAUUCCAGCAGGCACAACCGUGGACACGAAGAUCACCCACCCCACCGAGUUUGACUUCUACCUGUGCAGUCACGCUGGCAUCCAGGGGACAAGCAGGCCUUCCCACUAUCACGUGCUUUGGGAUGACAACCGUUUCUCUUCCGACGAGCUGCAGAUUCUCACCUACCAGCUGUGUCACACCUACGUGCGCUGUACGCGCUCUGUGUCCAUCCCGGCACCAGCAUACUACGCUCACCUGGUGGCCUUCCGGGCCAGGUACCACCUGGUGGAUAAGGAGCAUGACAGUGCUGAAGGAAGCCAUACCUCCGGGCAGAGUAACGGACGAGACCACCAGGCGCUGGCCAAGGCGGUCCAGGUCCAUCAGGACACGCUGCGCACCAUGUACUUUGCUUGACGCGUUGUCAUGUUUACGAUUGUGUGCCGAGUUGGAUUCACAUGAGACCAGCUACACUCAGACCAACAGACGCCCAGCCCUUCUGUGACAGCCAGCAUCGAACAUGAGACGUCAUCGAUUUUAGCAGAGCCUCUGUUUUCCAGAAUGCCUUCCGUCCCAGAUUUCAAACUCGGAUUCUGAACUGCAGACCUGUAUGAGACCCCAUUGCCGCAGGAAAUAUGGUUUGCCAAAAUCUAUAAGCUGCUUAUUAAAAUAGAGUCCCGUGUUUCCUAAAAAAUCUCCUAAAAGCAGUCUAUGAACUCAGGGCUUUAAAACAUUUUUAAUUUAUUUGGUCAUUCAAUGUACUUGUUUGUAACACAUGAUUCUGUAUGAAAUUGAUGGGCUCAAACUAGCUGUGGACGUUCUCUGAGAGAGAGCAACACAAACACGACUGCGGUUUUAAAGCCUUGACCAUUCUGAUGUUGUCACUAGAGCUGAUGGGAAAGCUAUGCGAGCGUGCUCCUGACUUGGCUUACACAAGCUCUUCAGGACCCGAGGGCAGGUGGCGCCCACAGGUGUCCCAUUCUGCCACUGCCUGCCUUUCCCUCAGCCUGAAGUAAGGAGCAGUGGCAGAAGGUGGUCCACGUGCGUUUACAGCAUUUCUAGGUCCAGAGAGAUUGGCAGACAAGUGCCAUUUUAAUAAAAAUUUAUUUAAAAAAAAAAAAAAAAAGAAAAAAGACGAUAUGCCGACAGUCUAAUCAUAAGAUUUGUCCUAUAGGACUGUGACAUUUAUUUUCCAAAGUUUCUAAAGAAUACGGGUCUGUGGUGAUAAAUACAGUACAAUCCUUUUUCACUGUUAUGUCUUUGAUGUAAGAGAAAAAAAUAUAUACCUGGUUUGCAGUAUUAAUGUGA